GCAGGUUGCGAGCCAAGCGGAGGCAGCGGAGGAGCCGCGGCCGGAGAAAGAGAGGGAGGCAAGACGCCGCGAAACCUCCCAGCCCCCACUCGAGAAAGGAGGCGAUCCGCAGCCGCGAGAGGACGGGAUCCAGCUCUGGCUGGGCUCAGCGAAUGCGGCUCCUUUCUACGCUCCGCCCGCUCGCUCCUCCGACCCUCAGCGAAGGGGAAUCCUCCCCCGGGCGAGUUUAAUGGGCGGUAGCAGGGGCUGGCGAGGGACUUGGCAGGAGCCGCUCGCCGGAUUCUUUUCCUACGGGCCCCCGUCGCAGCACCCGUGACCAGAAGGAGACCUUUUAGAUCCGAUCGCCAACCGCCCAGUCCCGUCAAUAGCCCCUCGGGCGCUCGGCCCGGCCGGCGUCCAGCAGCGGAGGGAACAGCACCCGCGUGUCCGGGAAGAAGCGGCUGCGGCGAAGGAGACGCAGGAAGGUUUUAAGGACAAAGUGGGAAGGGAGGGCUGGGUGUGGCGGCUAAGGAAGGCGGGCGCGCCUUGGAACGAGGGGCGGCGAAGCGAAGGUGGGCGGGCGACCAUCGGUCUCCCGGGGAUCUCAGUACAUCUAGAGCUGUUACACCUAUGCGCGAGUUGGCGAAGAAUUCCGCAGGCAAGGCUUCCGUCCGUCAGCCCGGCCGGCUUACGAAACCGCGGAUCGUGCCCCGGGCGCCGCCUCCCCGGGUCCCCUCUAUGUGAGCCUCUUCGGUUGCCUUCACCUCCUGCUGGAUGGCGAUUGACCGGCGACGAGAGGAGGGUGGCGGGGGGGGGCGGCCCCUCCCCGAGGAAAACGGUUCUUUGCCUGCCGGGGAGGCGGACCCUGCCACUGCAGCUACAGCCGCACCCCCUGCAGGGGGUCUAGCGGCGGAGAUCCAGAGCCUGCCUCUUCCCACACCUCCCUCCGGGUCCUGCAGCCCUCUGCUUCUGGACUACGAUGGCUCCGUGCUGCCCUUCCUGGGCGGCCUGGGCGGCGGGCACCAGAAAACCCUUAUCCUCCUCACCUGGAUCCCCGCGCUCUUCAUCGGCUUCAGCCAGUUCUCGGACAGUUUCCUCUUGGUACAGCCCAUCUCUUGGUGCAAGGGGACCGAUGGGCAGAGCAACUGGACCGGGCUCCCCCCACAGCCUGCCAGGAGCCUCGCCACCAGCCCUAGCUACAAUCACAGCAGCAGCAGCAGCAGCUAUAGUAGGGGGAUACUGGCAGCCCCAGAACUGCCCACUCCAGAGGGAAAGAACGACAGUUACUGCCAUUGCAGCGAGAGGUACCAUCGGAUCCCGGCAGGCCUUCAGCAGAAUAUUGUGAGCAAGUGGGAUCUUGUCUGUGACUCUGCCUGGAAAGUUCACAUUGCGAAAUUUUCCCUGCUUGUAGGAUUAAUCUUUGGCUACCUAAUAACAGGAUGUAUAGCUGAUUGGGUCGGUCGUCGUCCAGUGAUGCUCUUUUCGGUGUUGUUCAUUUUAAUAUUUGGACUGACAGUGGCCCUCUCAGUGAAUGUGACCAUGUUCAGCACACUCAGGUUUUUUGAAGGGUUUUGCCUGGCUGGAAUAACCCUUUCCUUGUAUGCACUACGGAUAGAGCUCUGUCCUCCUAGACACCGUUUUAUGAUCACAAUGAUAGCAAGCUUUGUAGCAAUGGCAGGACAAUUCCUCAUGCCAGGGUUGGCUGCCCUCUGCAGGGACUGGCAAGUUCUCCAAGCUGUGAUCAUCUGCCCUUUUCUGCUGAUGUUACUCUACUGGUUUAUUUUCCCAGAAUCUCUUCGGUGGCUGAUGGCCACACAACAGUUUGAAGCUGCAAAGGAGCUCAUCCUUCGUUUGACUGAUGGGAAUAGGAUGAGCACAGAAUGUGAUAUUAAGGGAGUGAUGCCUGGCCACAGGUGGUUCCCCACAGCUCUGUCAGGAAAUGAAGAAAAGGACAGCACGUCACGGAGCUCUAAUGGCUUUGUUGUCAGGGAGUGCCAGAUGGGGGAUGUGGGAAGCAGCCAAGCUGGAGAACUAGAGAAAGUGCUUGCCAGGAGACCAAAAAAAGUCUGCAUUGUUAAAGUGGUGGGAACAAGAAACCUGUGGAAAAACAUUGUUGUGCUCUGCAUCAAUUCGCUGACUGGAUAUGGGAUACACCACUGCUUUGCAAAGAGCAUGAUGGGUCACGAAGAUAAGAUGUCACUCACCAACAAUUUUUAUGCGGACUACUACACCAUGGCUGGGAUCACUCUGGUGUCCUGCCUGGCCAUGUGUCCAGUGGUUGGUUUUCUUGGGAGAAGAGGGGGUCUCCUGCUCUUCAUGAUCCUCACUGCCCUGGCUUCUCUUUUACAACUGGGCCUUCUCAACUUGAUAGGAAAAUACAGUCAACUUCCAGACUCAGGUAUGAGUGACACUGUAAAGGACAAAUUCUCCAUUGCAUUUUCCAUCGUGGGGAUGUUUUCAUCGCACGCAGUUGGAAGUCUCAGUGUAUUCUUCUGUGCAGAGAUCGCCCCAACAGUAAUAAGGGGUGGUGGCCUUGGCCUCGUCCUGGCUAGUGCAGGCUUCGGGAUGCUGACAGCACCCAUCAUGGAACUUCACAACCAGAAAGGCUACUUCCUUCACCAUGUGAUUUUUGCUUGUUGCACCCUCAUCUGCAUCAUCUGCAUUCUCCUCUUGCCAGAGAGCAAAAACCAGAACCUGCCAGAGAACAUUCCAGAUGGUGAACAUUAUACCCGGCAGCCUCUCCUACCCCAUAAGAAGGGGGAACAGCCCCUUCUGCUGACGAACUCCGAACUCAAAGAUUACUCUGGCCUCCAUGAUUCAGCAGCCGUGAAUGACGGGGUGACCGAGACUGUCACUGCUAAUGGGACGAAAGCUAUGUACCUGGCGGCGGGAGGAGGAGGAGGAGGAGGAGCACUUAGCUGUGGAAUUGCUUCUCGUCCAAGAUUUACAAACCAGUGAGAAGAAGGGAUGGAUACACAGGGGAAUUAGAUCUGCUGCUAAAGCCACUUCUUGUAGGAAUCUGUGAUGGGGGUACAAAUUGCUUUGGGCACAGUUAUGGGGGGAAAUGCAUCUUCAGAGAAAAACUGGCUGGGGAUCACUGUCCAUCUAUUUUCUUCCUGCCAUGAAAUGGUUCUAUUUAUUUUUAUGAUUUUUCCACCAUGAAGCACUUUAUUGUUCUUCUUCUCUUGUUGACCAUAAACACGAAGCCAUGUUACUUUCAAGAAGAGCAGCCAUUCCAAGAAAGAAGUCAUGAGAUGUAUUUUGUGGUAUGGUUUUGGUUUCAUUUUAUUGUUUAUUUUGUGUUUUUACUGGAGGUAUGAGGCAUCUCUUGCUGCAACAAUGAAUUCAUUGGCUACUGACAUUUUGAUUCAAACUUUUUUUUCUUGAUCUCUCCAAAUAAUCCAAUAUUUCCUCCUUCCAACCCUCCUCAUCAUCCUUACUGUGACAGUGUGCACAUAAAGCUAAAUCCCAACUGUGUUUAAGUAGCAGAAAUAAAAGUUUGGAUCACAAGCCCUAGGGUAUAUUUAACAGCUCUUAAUUUAGAAGUUGAGGAAUCCACAUGUAAAUUGCUGUUCACAGUCAAAAACAAGGAGGUAAUUUUUUUCAAAAGGAGGUCAAACAGCUAGGCUUUUAAAAUGAGAGACAUAUUUAUUAAUGAUUCUUUUAAAUGUUUGCUAAUUAAGAAGCAGCAGCAAUUUCAAAAGGCCCUACUCAGUAGUAAACAGUAUCAAGAAUGAUUUUUAACUUUGAAAGAAGGAGGUAGUGCUUUUUAGAAAAGUAUCUCCAAGCUGAUAGGAGGAAAAUGAUGGCAAAAUAGUUACUGGUUGUUCCAGAAGCCAUGGGCUGGGAUUCUAGCCAGUCCCAACAUCAUUAUCACUUGUGCCCUUGUCCUAAUGAAUGUUUGAUUUUGAUGGAUGAGAGCAGUGACUUAAAGGACAAGUUUAGGGGAAAAGAUAUGGGGAAAAAUGGGAAGCAAGCAGUUGAAAGGGCCCCUUUAAGAAGAGAUUGGAGCACUCUUCAUCUGAGAUCUGGAAUAGAGUUUUUCUAGGUUGCGUAUGGUCAACCAGCUGCCCUUUUUACUAUUGAAACCUAUAGAAAAUGGCCACCAUAAGUGCACCAACACAAAAUCCCAAGUGCUCUUGUAGGAUUCUUCAUUUUUACCCUACAAUAAAUAAAAGCCAAGACCCAUAUGAUCACUGGGGCUAAAAACAGAUUCUUAACUCCCUGAUCCUAAAUAAACCUGAAGGUAACUGCUCUUGAAACUCAGCAGGAUCUGCUUCUGCAUAAACUGUGUUUAAGAGCACCGUGUUAAUGAAAGAGAAUAUCUCUUCCUUCCUCUUCCCCCAAGAGUCAUCAGUAAUUUAUGCUGGCAAUUUAAAUCUCUGCUCUUGCUCAAGGGUUGGCUAUUUCAGCAUUGCUGCUUAUGCAAGAGUCACACAAAGCCAGCUUCACGCAAGAUCUGAACUUGUGGCUAGUUUGCAUCUAAACUGUUUGUACUCCCUUUCCACUAACACCAUGCAUUUGAGAUUGAUUGCCGAACCGGACUGCCAUUUAAAUGAACACAGCAGCCAAUGUGGUGAUGUGUAUUGCUCUUCACAUGCUGGUCAUUUUGUUUGAUGUAUAUCUUGCAUUUGUGAGUAAAGCGAUAAGGACCCACUUUUGUGCACCCCUCCUUGUUAUGCCCCUUUCUUUCUGUAUAUUGUCUGUUGACUUCUGUGUAUCUUUUUCCUUCUCCUGUCAGGCUUGUUUUGUGUGGAUAGGCCUGCACCCAGUAGCAAGUGUCACACAGCCUCCAAUGUUGACUGGCUACUUGAUGGGCAAAAUGGCUCUGCAGAAGAGAUGAGAUUUUGAUAUACUUGAAGAGAAAUAAUGUCAUAAAGCUGCUAACUUUCAUUCACAGGAUGAAAUGCUUGGGGAAAUCCUUUGUAAACACUUUGGGGGUGGGGAGGCAAAGAUAAAGCAAUUGGGUUGUUCAGUGUCAUUAUUAUGGAUUUCCCCCUCAGUUGCUACUGCUGUGUUCACCUCAGUAGGACUUGCUUUUAAAAAUGUGAGCCCAGUCUAUUUUGCACAUUCUGGUUACCUGUCUGGUUUUAACAACAUGACCACCUCUCCUCCAUUAUUAGUUAAUAUCCCGUACAUCACAUUGAGAAAAUAAGGCCCUUUGAAUUGUGCAGUAUUCAUGUGCCAAAUUUGUGUGACGCCUUUUGCCUUUUAUAUGAUGCUUGUUAUAAGCGAUACAUCAGGAACAGCAAGUUUCUAGUAUAAAUUUAUUUUUCAGUGGAGUGGGGCCUUGUGUUUUUUGGGGGAGGGAUUUAUUAUUGACAUCCAGGCUCCAAGUUGACACCGAGCACUUUUGCAAUCUGUAUGCUAUGGAGUGUCUUUUUUAAUUCCCCACUUCUGUACAUAUAGUCUUUACUACAAACCCUGUUGACCAUGCACCAAUAUAGGGAAUUUCUUGCAUUUUACCAUGGUUAAAAGUCCCUGUUGUGUUCAUUCUGUCACCUGCAACGCUCACCACUUUCUGAUGUGAUGCUCCUUAACUUUACAGACAAGCAGAGAAAGAGGUAACAUAUUUAAAUAAUGUAUACUGUAAGGUGAGAGGAGCACUUGGUGAUUUUUUUUUUAAAAAGGUUUGUUUUAAGAAUUUGCUUUUUUAUUAUUUUGGUCUGAAUCCGAUAUUUGGAAUUAAUGUGUUGUUAUUCGUGCCCAACUUACCUUGCAAUUUGUCUCACUGAAAACCAUCAGUUGAGUCCUCUCAGCACUUUUGUUGAAGGUAGUUUUGUAGAACAUUUUUCUAACAAAUCAUAUUGCACACCUAACUCAAAUUACUUCUUGAUGAAUUAGGCAGGCAUAAAAUUAUCUGCGGGGCCAGAGGACUCUCCUGAAUGUGCUCAAGUGCAGUCCUAGAUAAAUUGUGAAGGCUACUCAUAGAGCUUGACCUGCCUGAGCCUUGAUCCAUUUUCAGGGACCCUCAGAUGUUUGUUACAGUUGUGGUGGGCCUCUGUUGUUAUCUCCUCCGAUAAUUAGUUGCAUGUUGCUGGAGGCUUGCUCACAGCAAACCAAAGGCAAGAUUUUUCCAUAGCAUCCCAUUCAAGCAUUCUUGUUAAGACUAGACCACUAGAUGCUUGGCCCCUGGGUUGUUUCUGCUACAUCAACUACAUAUUGCAGCCUAUCAAGCAUUUGGGCAGGUCUUCUGUUUUUACAUCUCUAGCAUCAUCCAUAGAUGUUGGUGGUCCCUGUUAGACCCUGAUGUAGAGCUGAUUGCAUGCACACACACCAGAGGUCUGUAGCUUUGACAAACUCAGUCAGGCAGCCACACAGGACUUGGCUAUAUUUAUUUUAUCAGGGUUUAUUCUAGUCACAAUAAAUUACAAGGCAAACUGGAAGCAUUCAGAUGUUUUAUUCUUUCCAGUGUGUGAAAAGUUGCAGGUAUGUGGUGUACAGUUUCAUUCCUCUUGUUAACUCUGAAAAACGGGUGUUACAGUCUUUCUGUUCUUCAAAACUGAACAGAGGCCAGCAAGAAUGAGUCAUAUACCACAAGAAUCCAUUCUCCGUCAUACCUUUCUAGCACUGCACUGUCUCCAACUGGGUGGUAUUUCUAUCUUUUUCUCCUGUCCUUUCGAACUGUAAGCCAGCUUGAAUGUUCAGUUGGAACAGAAUGGCAAUACAUGUAUUAAAAUAGAGUAAAAAAAAACAUUAAAAAUAUUUCCCUUUAAUAGGAAAAGAUUGAUGAAAUGGAACACUGUCACCCAUUGAAGAUGGGAAUGGGAGUGUGUUGUUUGGCCAUUCCUUUCAAUGGGUCUAGGUUCAGCAGAAGUGGUAGGGGACCUCUGUCCGCACAUAUACUGCAGCAUGGAUAUGGUUUUGGCAUGAUUCUACUGUUACUGCCAUACCCAUUGUACACUGUGAGAAUGGUUUGAAUUCUCCAUUAAAAAUAAUCAUUUGACACUUAUCAUGUAUCUGAUGCCAUUUUUUCCUGUGGUGACUAAGCAACGAUACAUCAGUGCUACAGAAAAGUGCCACUACGGCCUUUCCCUGCAGCAGCCAUGAAGCUUGACAAUCUGCAGAACAACAGAAUGUGCUCAGGCAGAUCAGCUUCGGCUGUAUCACCACAAGCUGUUGCAACAGGGAUAUGCAAAAGGGGAUGGACACACUCUAGUUGCAGAUUUCAAGACCAGCUUUAGCACAAGAAUGCCUGGAAACUGACUGCUACAGAACAUGGAUCAAAUCCUUGGUUCUUGCCAGGUAAUUCUAAAUGGCAUGCAAUGUUUGGCAAUUUCAUAGAAAACCAAAGGAUAGAUCUUGAGAACCAAGGCAGCAGACCUUCCAGCUCGGAAGCUCAAGCAGGCUGCCUGGCCCUGGGAGAGAGAGAUAAGUCUUCAUAUCUAUCCUAACAGGGAGAGCAUCAGUAUCUGUUCUGUCCACUUCAGUUUUUCUAGUUAUGCUUCUGGUAACUCAAGUUCGGCUAUUUUUUGUAGGUACAUUUGUAGCCUUGAAAAUAAUUUAUUGGAAACCUUUUUAAUAGCAAGACAGCUCAGAUCAAAACGGAACAUUAAAAGACUUUCUGUGCCAUUUGUACCAAAACGCUCUGAAAAUGGUGUGGAAAGCCUUGUUAUGGAUGAUUGUAGGAAUGAAUUCUUAUGAGUAUUCUGAAUUGUUGGCUCUUUUUUUUAUUAUUAUUACAACUAUUUAUGUUGCCAGAUCCUAAAGCCAAACGAAAGAGAAAAAAAGUCACCAAACUCAGAAGUGCAAUUAAAAUGAACUCUGAAUGUCAUAUCAAGUUGCAUCUGUAGCUGGGACAGAAAGACAGCAAGUGUGGAGGAUGGUUCACACUUGAUUUUUAAAAAAAUAAAGUUAACAAAACCUCAUUUUUCAAUGUACUGUGUGAAAACUUUUUGGAACAGAGUACUGUGCUAUGUCUGUAGUGGGUGAGAUUCCCGCCCUUUCCCUCAAUUUCUGAUGAAGUUUUCUUGACUAAUUGUUGUUACUGUACUUUUUUUUUAUCAUGAGUAGUUGGUGCUUCUUCAUAGCACAAGCUUAACAAUCAACUACUGAAGAACAGUCUUAAAAGCUAAAUGUCUGCAUGAUGUUACAUCCGUUGUACCUACUGAACAACUUUGUAUGUAAAUGUACAGGAAUAAAAGACGUUGCUCCAUUA